AUGCAAGAAAAGCUUCAUCAAAACAAGAUAAUGCAUCUGAUGUUGGAGGAGGAGGCUCAGAAGGUUUCACUACAUUCACAGCUCCCAAACCUUCAAGGGAGCUUAAAUCAAGUGGUUGGGUCAACUAUUCUGAAAAAAAUCCUCCGGAAUUGGUCGCGGUCCCACCGCCGCUUCGGUUUCCACUGCCGGACGGCCCGCCGGAGACAUUCACAGUCUAUUCGUGAGGCAACAAUUGUGGGAUUCCGAUCUGGCAAGUUUAUGACACUAGUGGCCACGGAUGUUGCAGCAAGAGGACUUGACAUUAAUGAAUCCGAACCACCGCGUGAUGUUGAAGACUACAUUCACCGAUCUGGGACGACAGGAAGGGCGGGAAAUUCGGGUGUUGCAAUUACACUUUAUGAGCCUAGAAAGUCAAAUAUUUCAAAAUUAGAGAGGGAGGCAAGUGUGAAAUUUGAACACAUAUCUGCCCCUCAACAUACUGAUAUUGCUAAAGUUGUUGGUGGUGAUGCUGCAGAAGUUAUAAUUCAAGUUGUUGAUUGUGUGAUCCCUGUUUUCAAGUCGGCUGUUGAAGAGUUGUUAAACAAUUUCAGCCUAGCACCAGUACAGCUUCUUGCAAAGGCACGUGCCAAGAGCAUUAGGUAUACUGAAAUCAAGCACAUGUCACUCGUAUCAUAUAUGGAAAAUAACAUCACAUUGCAUCUUGAGGCUAGAAGACCUGUUUACACACCUUCUCUUGAGAAGGAUUAUGGAAUGAAAUAUAAUCCAUAUGAAGCAGGUGUUGAUGUUUUCUUGUUUGGAUACGUUUUUCACUUGAAGAUUUUACAUAAGAGAGGCCUAAACUUGUUUAAUGGACAAUCUGAAAGUUAUCAAGUAAAGAGAGUUUCCUCAAUGGUAGCAAGGAAAGAAUUAAGAAUGUUGAAGCUGAGAUGUUGGAGCUCUUAGAGAAGCUAAGGACAAACUCGAGAAGUGAGUUGAAGAGCUGACAUGGAGAUUAGACUUUGAAAAACAUUUGAGAGUAUAUUUUUU